AUGGAACAUAUUGAUCGUUUGUAUUUCACCCACUCAUUUGCAAUCGUCUUAAAAGUGUACCUGUAUUUCUGAUUAACAUUAAGCGUAUUCCGGUUAACCUCAGUAUUGUUCUUCCUUCCUCUUUAUAUUACAUUUAUAUUAAAAAUUACUCUUCGUUGAUAUAAAUUGUUAUAUAUGAUAAAUUCAAUAUAAUUCGGGGUGCGAUUGUUUUUAAUUUACUUAUUUAUCAUUAUAAUAAUAAUUAAUUUUUUUGAGAUAAAUAUUAGCGAUAAAAAAUCACGACGUUUCGACCUCUCCGAGGUCAUUUUCAAGUGUAUAAAAGUUCUCUAAAUUAGCAUAAAUAAGUUAAAAACAAGUUAUAAUAGAUAAAAAUGUGGUGAACGCUAAAAUGUGAUAAAAUAUGUAAAAAUGUAAAAAGUGCUAAAAAUAUUUAUAAAGUCAAUGGAAAUAAAACAAUGUUAACAAGAACUACUCUAAACAAAUAAUUUGGCGCGAAUUGAAUCGCACUGUUUGUUAAGCGUCGGUUUCAGUUCUUGGAUAAAAAACAUUUCAAAAAUAAGACAGUCAAAUUUGUUCUGACACUUUCUUAAGAUUCUAAAACUUUGUGCGAUGUCUUCAGGCUCCAUAUCAUGCUGCUCUCUGAGGUGGUUUCCGAUUGCCGAUCCUUUGUGUUCUUCAAUUCGUUGGUGUANACGAUGAGCACGCUCAAUUUCGACGUAUCCACACAAUGUUUCCAAACACACGUGCGAGGCUAUGAAGCCUUGUAUGAAAGCCACACAAUUAUCGCCUUCUGAAUUUUCAGGAAUGUUAUAGAACACCAAGUUACAAGCUUCGGGACCUGUUGCAAAGAUCUUCUACUUCUCUUCUAGCUACUUUAAUUCUGCCUUCCGCUUCAUACUUUCUUUCAUUUCAGCAACGUCGUCGUUGACUGCGCAUAAGCCUUUUUCAAGUUCAGUUACAUUGCUUUUUAUAUUGGUAAUAUUGUGCUUAAUUGUGGAUAACUGAUUGUUAAUUUUGUCCAGCAUAUCCAGCUUUUCUAGCUUCCUCUGUAUAUCAUUCAAAAUGGCGUCGUCAACGAGCACGUGGGCUGAGGUUUCUUCCUCGGAACUGGACACACGCGUUCGUUUUUCGCUCGGUUUUGGUGGCAUUGCUCUUUAAAAAAGAUACGUGUUUAGACGAAAGACUUUCUACUCAUUUGUUUGGGCGAAACCUAUCAUAAAGAAGGCUUGUUCAGGAGAACUCAGAAAAGCGUCUACUCCAUAGGCUCGUCCUCGUUCCAGUCCCCUGCGUAUGUUUUCAUGCUGUCAGACGUGGGAUUGUAAAAAAGAAACAAAUGAACACUUUCUGUUUAUAUGUACGACGAUCCAACUGAGGAGACUGGUGUAAGUGCCAACUUCAGUGAACGACCGAGCGAGUGACACAACAAACAAACUAACGAGUCCCUCAUUCAUCGACAAGGGGCCUUCAAUCGACUGGAGCACAGAUUACAACUUAUAUAAUUGCUUCAUAAUGUGAAAACAAAGAUGUGAACUGUUACCCGGCCGAUGGCGAAAGUUGAAGAAGAAAUCAAAUGCAAGCAUCUAUUAUACUGGUCGGGAAAACGAGGAAUCGAACUUUUAAACAGCUGGGGCAUGUCCGCGGAUGGGCAAAAAAAGCUGGAAAAUUAUUGGAUGAGAUUCGAAAAUUUUGUCAAGCCACACUCCAAUGAGUUAAUAGCAAUGUAGGAGCUUCACAACCACCGACAAGGUACCCUCUCUCCGGAAGAAUUUAUGGCGAAAUUGAGAAUCCCUGCGAAGGAAGCCUACUAUCCGAUACAGCACAAUGAUCGAUUCAUGAGGGAUUUCCUUGUGGUAGGAAUGAACUCUGACCUUUUGCGAAAGGACUGCUUCAAAGUAGGAAAUGCUUUCACCUUCAAGGAAGUUCGUGAUAUGGCAAAGUCAGAAGAGUCGGCUGACAAACAGCUUCAGCUAAUGAAUACCCAAAUAUACUCGAUCAAUGUUCCUAAAGGAUAUCAAGGCCAAGGAAACCAACUACCAACUCCUUAUACUGGCUGAUGUAAACUGCAAGCCUGCAGAAACUGUGACUGGGGUCCCCACCCUCGAGAGCAGUGCCCAGCGAAGAACGCUACAUGUCACUACUGCCAGAAAGUAGGAUACUUAGCAAAGGUAUGUCUGUCAAAGCAAAAGAAGAAAAAUGUGCAUGAAAUCGAAGCGACCAGUGAUGGCGCAACUGAAUCAGUACUAGACCCAAGCCAGUCAUCCCGUGAUCAAAUGUUUUUGUGCCCAAUUAGUGCAACAACCUUGACUAGCAAUGUCCACGUUAGUCCUGUAAGUAGAAGGCCCUUUUAGAGGUUUGCCUGGCGCUGAGCCCCGAAGGAAGCAAACCCGUACCUUGUGUAAGAUAGACUCGGGUGCAGAAACCAACAUCAUACCCAACCAGUCCCUGUACAACCAGCUUUGCCCUAGAAUUGACAAUCUACAGAGGCCCAUUAUGAAGUUAACAGCAUAUGAUGAGACUGAAACCCCAAACUUAGGAUCAUGCCAGGUGUACAUCAAGGUUCCUGACAACCCAUACCCCAAGUCAGUAGACAGGCACAAAUUGUUGAUGUUAAUGGCCCUGCUGUAAUAGGCAAUAUGUCAGCACAAAAUUUAAAUCUUCUAAAGCAAAACUGGACGUUACUGUUGAGAGUAACAGCAAACCUGCCACUCAGUGCUUGAAACUGCAUGAAAUACGUGGCAAACCAAACCCGUCUCCAUUAACAACAGUAUAUCUCUUGAACGAGUAUCAAGAUUUGUUUACUGGUGUUGGGUGUUUCCCAGGUCCUCAUACCACAUAGAAACCAACCCGAGCAUUUCCUUAGUACAACACCACCCCCCCCCCCCCCCCCCUCCAUAUUUCUUUCAAACACCGAUUUUUCUCCGACCCUUUUUUUUCUCUAUAUUUUUUUUUUUCUAUAUUUUUUUUUUUUUUUUUUUUUUUUUUAUAUUUUUUAAUUAUUUUAAAAACUUUUUUUUUACUUAAAAAUAUUAUCUUCUAUAUUGAAUUUUUUUUUUUUUUUUUUUCUAUUAUUUAUAUUAAAAUAAUUUUUUAAAAAACUCCUUAUUAAAAUUUUUUUUUUUUUUUUUUUUUUUUUUGUACAGGUACUAACGACCAAAACUAACUUUUGCUAUUUCUGGGUAGUAGAAAUAUAAAUUGUAAAUUCUUAAGGACGAAAAAAAUAAAAUGAAUGAACUGAAAUGAAAUAACAGGUUGAAGAAGCCGGUUUACGUAUUCUUUAAGUAAUCUUUUCAAAUUAAGUAUGUAAUUGUCAACAACUCAGUAAAACACCAGAGUGUAAGAACCUAAAUUUUUUUGAAGUCUGGAAAAAAGGUUCUUGUAUUUUGAAACAGUUUAGGCAAAUGAGGCUAAUUUGGUUCUCGAUUAGGUUAUAAAUUUCUGUUAGAUAGAGUCGUUGACUGCCAGAAAAAUAUCAGUACAACCUUAGUGUGGUAUUCCAACUGUAUUAUAAAAAUCCUAACCAAACUGAUUGCAGAAUUUUUGUGUAGUGUUAUCUCAAACGUGAAAUUUCUCGGUUAAAAUUUUUAUCAUAGGUUCACUCUAACCCAUAUAUAAGAACCUCCUUGAUCUCUCUUGACAAAGGGCAGUUUCUUAUAAGCGAAAUCGUACUGUACCAGAAUUAUUGGGUGGCAAUAAGACAAACGGAGACAUACUUUCCCGUUUUGGAAACAGAAUUUCUACAUAUCGUGCUCAAAAUUUUAGAGAUGGUUACUUUUGCCGUGAACUUCUAAUAUUCAGACUUGAUCAUAAGCAUAUGCUAAACUCUAAACUCUUAGUAUAUAGUGAAAAACACGGAACGUCUGAAAAUCCAAUAAUUUUGACUUUCACAGAGGUUAACUGCUACGGCUGAAUUAUUAAUAUAUUAUUAUUAUUAUUAUCAUUAUUAUUAUUAUCAUAAUAAUUAUAUUUUUUAUUGGUUCACUCCUUAAACUAAACCUAAAGAUAAAAUCUUUAUUACAAAACCUCAAUUAAAAUCCUAUUUACAAUCAACAAUGUCGAUGAAUGUCGUUAACAAGUUCCGUACACCGUCCUGUCUCUGCGCUACAACCCCCCCCCCCCCCCCACCCCCCCCCCCCUUUUUACAAGAGAGGGCGUGACUAACGGUGAAUUUAUCCCCACAUAUGCAAUGACUUGGUAAAUCGACUAAGGGCAAGUCAUAACGCAAGCGUAGCGAGUCUCUGGACUCUUGCUUGUUGAGUGCUAAACCUUUGUCUGCGAGGGGCAUCGCAUUCAUUUAUUAUUAUUAUUAUUAUUAUUAUUAUUAUCAUUAUUAUUAUUAUUGUUGUUGUUGUUAUUAAACAUUGUACUCGCACUGUCUGUUUUCUCAUUGGCUAAUUGUAAAUUUUGGAAAUCGUAAUCUGUAGGUUGCGCGUAAUGCAUGAUUUUCAAGAUCAAUUUGAAAAUGUCAAGAUGCCGUGUAAGUCCUUAUUUUCUUGAAAAAAUUGUAUAAUAAAACAAUCAUUAUAUUCCGUUUUAGUGAUAUCCGGAAUAAUCAAGGUCUUGGUAAGUGUUAUCAGCCUCGGCGUUCGGCUAGGCUGAUGAACACUUACCUCGAAUUAAUUUGAUUAUUCCGGAUAUCACAAAACCUCAUCCAAUACUUGUUCAUUAUCUGCAUGUAAUCCAUGGGUAUUUAGUAUCUGUUUUGUAUGUUACACUGACCUACACAAAGGUGGGUCUGGAGACGUCACGACUGUGAUAUCUUGAGCUUUUGAUGCUUGAAGAACUUUUACCAGAUUUUCGAUCGAUACUAGUUUGUUUUUUAGGCGCUUUUGAUGGAAAGAGGCAGUAAAGAAACAUCUCAAAGAGAGCUUCCUUGUAUUCAGCAAUUUUUAAAGGAUAGAUGACAACGUUGACAAAAGAAUUACCAAACUGAAGUAGUUUCAUAAGAUGAAAAACCACAAAAGGCCAGCCUUGACACGGAGUACAAAACGAAGCAAUAAUGUUUAUUAUGUGGAAUGGAAGCCAAGUUACGACAAAUGACCCGGAAACAAUGAAAAGUGUUUUUGUUAAAUAGUCAUCUUGAUGUGCUUGUCUUGCCAGGUGAAGACGGGUUUUUUGCUUCCUCCACAUUAGAGAGUACGCAACGCAUGUGAAAAGAAGAGGGCUUGUGAUAGAGACGAUAAUGAUGACAACAAAAGCCAGUUUCGAUAUGAUAUAAAAAUGAAGCAGGACUCGGGCUAAGAUGCCAAGAUGAGCUACGAUCCAAGGGAUACCUAUAACACACGUGUAGAAACGCGACGUCAGCGUUCGAUGGCGUAAAGGCCACAAAACAGCGUGCAUCCUUUCCAACGAAAUGCUAGCCAAGGUGAAUAUUGAUAAAACUCCAGUGAAAAUAUCAACACAUUGGAAUGAAAGUAUCAACAGAUUUUUAGUCGUGUAAAUUCCAACAGCAAUGUACAGAGGCACAGCGAAGGCUCCGACCAUAAGAUCCGCGAUGGCCAAGCUAAUCAGUAGGAAGUGUGGGCGUUUUCGAAGUUUCUGUUUCAAAAAUAUCACAAUGGUGAUAAGAUUUCCGAAGGUAAUAACCACGGAUGUUAAGGCAAAUGUCAGUGUCCAGAAAAUGUUCCAGUACUUAGUGAAAUCCAUGACAAAUCUGAAUCAUAAAAUUUGUCAAUAUUGCAAUUUACCUGCGAAAAAGAAACAAAUCGUUCUAUUUAAGUGAGUUGCAAUAAAUCACUUAGUGGUCCACUUAGGGAAUUCACUUAUGUGACUGCACUUACGAUUCGUAAGUUUUCACUUAAAUGUCGUUUAUGCAGCAGAAAUUGCGCGCAAUGCAUAAAACUAUUUUUACGGGAAAAAUAGCACGUAAAUUUACGGGACCUAUAAGGGUCCCGUAUCCUUACUGUUUUUACUUAAGUUAACCGGAUUUUUUUCUGGGAAGUUUUUUCUUUACGUAAUUCCGUUCUAAUGUGCUUUGUUAACCUCUGAUGUGUACUUUAAAGCCGUCGUUGAAAAAAAAGAAGAACAACAAACAUUUCCAGUAGAUGUUCAGCCUCGGAUAUAUUCUUGAAAUAUUCCUAGAAAAUAUAUUCUUACAGAAAAAAAAGGUGUAGACGAGCUCAUCACCAAGAUACUCGGAAAGGAAAAUCCCUCAUUCGCGUCUAUAGUUGGUGGAAGUAGGCCCGUUGAUGGUUGUAAUGGAAAGGAAGAGUACUUCAGAGAACGAGCAAGACGAAAACCGCGAAAACUGUGAUUUAGUAUUUUGAAUAUUUUAUAGAAAAGGCGCAAUACAAAUAAUAAAUGUUAUUGUUAUUGUUAGUAAAUUUUAGGGCACAAGGACAUGGAGAAAGGCACAUUCAGAAGAUAAAUGAAGAGGGUUAUAUGAAGAACAUGGAAUAAAAAUGGUAUUUCUUAAAAAGAAGGAACAGCUGUAACUUAAGACGAAAACUUAACAGUGAUGAGUAGUUUAGAACCUGUGCGGAUGUUGCUUCAAAAAAUAUUUUUGAGUAUGUCGAAGAUUCCUGGUUGAAAUUUUUUUUAAGAAAAAUGAGGAAACUCUUCCUUUUGUUGCAUGAUAUAAAACGUAAUCUAACUACCUUUCCCUAUUUUCUUUAUCAGCCUUAUAUGGGGCACUUAAUUUGAUUUCUCAAAGCAGUAUUUAUAAUUAAUCAUGUAAUUAUUACAUAAUAUAUGAAACUGGGUUGUGCCUAACAAAAGGACAGCCGAGGAGUACUAGGAACGAAUUUCCGAUUCGGGCCGACUUCGGAAAUUCUCGAAAUCAUCCAAAGUGCAGGUCACAGGCCACAGGUCAGGUCACAGGUCAGAUCAUAGGUCAGAUCACAGGUCACACUCAAAAACAAUAAGACACUGGACAGAACUGUUCUUGAUUGACAUUUUCUUACACAAAAAUAAAACAGGCCAAGGAACCUCAAUUAUAUUUUUUUUCUGUUCUGAACUUUACCAAAUUCCAUACAUGAGAAAAUAUAUUCAUGUUGAUCACGCAAGGAGGACUUGCGUUACAGCGUAACCAAAGUUGGUAACGAAAUCACAAAGGUACGCAAAAUCACGUGAUUUGUUAAAAAAAAACGCAUCUCAAAACGAAGGGUUGUUGCGUUAAGAAGAUCAUGACGUGUUUGUGGAUGUUUUGAAAAGCAUUCGACGCAAAAACGGAAGAAAAACUUAAAAAGUUUAUUAAAAAAAUUCCUUAUCUAUUUACUGUUUGAUCUUUUUUGUGACAACAACAAAUAUGUAAUACCGGCCAGCCGGACAGGACAACUUAAUACGAAAUUUUUUAAGCAAUUGCCUAAAGUAAAAGGUCGGGAAUUUUUCAAAGAACAUAAGAAUCUCAAACAUCGCAAAGUAUACCGUAACCUUUGACUGUCAGUUCUCAGUGUCCCCCUGGGUGAACAUUCUUUGGUGAUUACAACAACAAGGAAUGAAUAAAACUAUCUUUGUUCAGCGGUCCCCAGCUGGUAGGAAAAAACCUUCACAAAGCAAGGUGUGUAUUACAAUGUAACAAUAACAAGCUACAUGUCAUGUAGUAAUGCAUGCAGCCAACUGCUGACAUCAUGAGCAAUCAUGGGUUUAGGAUGUCCUGCUAGGCGGUACUAUUUUCAAAGAUAAUACAGGCCAAAACGACAAGGCAUGUUGACUAAACUAACUAACUAACUAAUGUUGCUAAAACUCAGGAUGUUCCGUUGGACGGUACUAUUUUCUAUGGUGAUACUGGCCAAAAGGACAAGGCCACUUUUAUAAAUAAUAAUAUUCCUAUAAUAGAUAAACUAAGCUUGUGGAAACCUACAGAAAUCAAGUUCUACAACACAGUUUAACAACGAAAGCUAGAGUUGAUGUACAUGCCAACAUAUAUUGCUAUAAUUUAGGAUUUCCCGUUGGAAGGUACUAUUUUCUUCUGUUAUACCGGCCAGCGGGACAAGACAAAUUGAUACUGGCUGGCUGGCUAUUGGCUGUCAACCACCCACGUCAUCAAAUAUUGAGAAUUUAUAGGGAAGAAAUGAUAGAUGACGUCAUAUCACAAGACAAAUGACGUCAUUUGUGCCAAAAAUGCUCGUUGAUUCCGAUCGACGUAUAUAUCACAUAAAAAGUUCAUAUUUAGCCACAUUAUUGCUUAAAUUGCAGUGGCAUACCAGACUUUACGGGAAAACGUUUCCGCAGUAGCUUAAACAACGAAAAGUAUUUCAAAUUUUAUGGUCGGAAAGUCGAGUGUACAAGAAAUAGCAGUUUUGGCGAUUAUCCCGGAGAUAUCAGACUCUAAUCUGGAGACCGGGAGAUACGGUCCAAAAUUUGGAGUCUCCCGGAUUAUCCGGGAGAGUUGACAGCACUGCAGUGAGUGAUAAGACAUUUAUAAAAGGAUUGCUUACUAUUACGGGACUAAGAACUCUUCAAAAAUCACAAUAAACGCAAACUUAGUUAACAAGACCGUAAAAUUACGUUUCUCUGGCGAUAAAACGGCUCCUUUGGCUGUCAGUUUUCACCAUGUUUGGGCCGCCAUAUUGGAUGAUUUCGAGAAUUUCCGAAGUCGGCCCAAAUCGGAAACUCGUUCUUAGUACUCCUUGGCUGUCCUUUUGAAUAUGAUUUAGGCACAACCACACUGACGUCCAGGAAUAGCAUAAAUUAGCCAUAAUUAUUUUUUCUCGCUUGGAUCAAAUGCAAUCAAAAAGUGCUGUUGAUGAUUUAAAGCUUCCACUGGAUUGUCUUUAGAAUUAAAAACAUUUUGAUGAGUAACCACCCUAACAACUGAUUCUUCUGUUGACUAGGGGUCAAUGAUUUAAAGCAUUUUAGUUUUACAAAAAUUAUAUUUAUAUUAAAGCUUAAUCAUUUUAAUAUUAUAAAAAGGAAACAUUCCACUCUCCAGUCAUGCAACUUAUUGGGCUAUCGAACGCUAAAAAGAAAAAUUUUGUUGGCCCUGACAUAUUUGUAAGCGCCUUUUGGACCAUAUGAGGGAACAACACAAAAAGAAUAGUUCGGCUGGGUUUGAAAACAAAACCAACAUCAGCUCUCGUGUCAAUAAGACAAACUGUUAAAGAGUAUGAAAAAUUGCUCACCGUCGGGAAUUCUAUGUUGGCUGUCUGAUUUCCAUGUAGUUGAUAUUUCUAGCCAAGUGAGAGACGUGACGCGAUGCCUAUCCAUUUUGAAAAAAGAAUGUAAGCAGCUGCUGUUUACUGCUAUUUUGGAACUUUUGCAAUGUGUUUUGAAAAAUAUUUAUUUCAAAGAAAAAGGGAAAUAGUAUCGUAUUAAUUGUGACAAAAAAUAGACACAGCUGUUCGAAUCAUUUCCGAUCGACAGAUUUUUCCUGAAGCCCAAGCAAAAUACUUUCUAUAGGUCGUAUUCAAAUCUCUGAUGCAACUAGGAUACCAAAUGCAGCUGAAUAUUGAAUUGUCCGGUGCAGAUAUUUGAAUGCGAUUUUCAAAGUUUUCUUUUUUGGUCUUUAAAAUUUAACUUAUUCUAACGUCUAAUUCUAAAAUAGGAACAGUUGAUCCCAUAUUUAAGGAUGCGUGUGUAUUUUGCAAUUAAAUCACUUGAGGUUUGAAACAUUUUGUCUAUCCCUUAUUUAUUUUUCCUAUUUAUUAUCCCCUUUUAAUUUUAAACUUAAUCUGAAGCAAUCUGCAGUUACCUGCAAAGGAAAAUUAUUUUCAAGAAAUGUUCUCCUGUCUCUUAUUAAAAUGAAAAGCUAUGAGGCAAAAACACGAAAUCGUUUCCCUUCCGGGUCUAAAAACUUUACUACUCAAUUUUCCCUUCAGCAUGAUAGCAAUGCCUUACAGUUUUUCCUGUGGAGGAAAAUUUACAUUUUUAAAGCCAUCUAUUUUGCCACCUAAUACCGUACAUGGAUUCAUGUACUUAUCUCACAAGUUUCUCUCUGCAGUUUGUUUUAUAGAAGUUUGAAGGAGAAAUAAAAGAAAUAUAGUGCCACUGAUUCUGAAUAAAACACAUAUCGCGACAGUGCUAACAAAUCCAAAUAUAAUACAAAUGCGAAAAUGCAUGCAGUGAUGCCUAACUUAAACCAGUUGGACACUACGGUGAAGAAGAUUAAAAUUAUAUAUUUAAAACCGAGGUUUAGGCCAAACGUCGAACUUUUCAUGAACUUAACUCUCUAAAAGUUUGGCUCGUUUCAUGAAAAGACGUUUGGCUUAGGCCUUAUAGUCUGAGUUAUUUUAGGGAAACUUUUACCAAAAGGCUUAAACAUGCAUAAACCCACUAUAGUAUUUAAACGCGAGGCGGUCGUAAUACGUAUUUUCCCAUAGUGAUUACCCAGCUCACUCCAAAAAACUGAGUAAGAAGAAAAUUAUCCCUGCUGUAAAAGUACAAGUUAAUUUAAAGGAAGGAAUGUUUUCAUAAAUAUUGUGGUGAAUUUCAGAAAACAAUUAAACUAGAGUUGCUUAUUGUAAACGAGCAUUUUAAAUUCGAAGAAUGUAAUAUUAGUACGGCAAGGUUUUGGGAUAGUGAUAGCACUCGCAGGAAAACAAUAAGGAACGAGCGACAGUGAGAGAUGUGUCCAACACUUGUCGGAAAUUAGCUGAGACGAGGCAGACUUUAAGAUCAAGCUCUGUCAACUUUAAAAUUUGUACUGAAUUUAUUGAUAAAUGGCUCGAUAAAACAGAGUGUACGUCUCUGUGAAUAGGUAAAUAUAUCCGUUUUUUAAUUUUUUUUUUUUUUUCAUGCCCCUUGCUCUGAAUAGACCUUGGCACCGUUUGCACACAAAACGUCAUUUUAAAACUUACCAACCUGCGUUUUUCAUAAACUGAGUUCCGCGUUUUUUUGAGUGUAAUAUUUUAAAAAUUAAUGACUAGUUUAAUUAAUUACUAUUCUUUGAGAUCGAGGAAAAUAUUGCAUAAGACACUAUUAACCUUGAAUUUUAACAAUAUCAGAAAUAAAACCAUUAAAAGUUGACUUGAUUGACGGGUUUAUUCGAACUGUGCAUGCGUAGCGCUGAACACGCAACAUGCGCAAAAGUCAGAUCUUCAUGUUUAUACAGAAUUUUCAUACAUGGCAAAUUCUACUUCCAAUCCUUUAUCUUUCUAUAGUGUCAAUGGCUUUUAAAAGUUUAAUUUGCAACCCUCGCCCAAGCUGAAACUAAGUGAAGGAGGCUCAAUAUGGGUCUCUCUUUGCAAGUGCUGUCAGGUGCGGCUCUGAUAGAAGUGGGUGUCGUUUUUCCCGAUAAUGAAACACACACACAUAAAGCGUAAAUCACCGUUGGCUUAACACUAGUAACAAACUGGCUUUACGAACUUAUAUGCGUUGCGACUCGACGUUUCACACUCUACAUCAAUGGUCAGAAUAUAAUACAGUAAAAUUGUUGUCUACUUAAUUGAACUAAGAACAGAAGAAUAAUUAUAAUUAUUUUCAAUUAAUUGUAUCACUCACUCAUUACAUGUAAGCACCUUUGAUUAACCCCUUUGUUAUAAAAGUUGAUAACGACAAAACUGAAAUUUUAUUCUACGAAGCUAAAAGAUUAAAAGGGAACAAGCCGAUGGUUUUUAGACCAAGGACGCAUUUUCAGGGUAAAGAACCGUCCUCCAGGCGAACAUUUUCUCUUUGUCUUAGGCGAUUUUCGAUGGCAACAGGACUAGGUUUUAUCGUACAAAGUAUUCGUCAACUAAAAAAGGGUCUGAUUCCCACGUAAGUGAUCGAUGGGCGGGUUCAAAUUAUUACAAGGAUUUGCACCUGAGAUUCACACCUCUAAAUCUCAAGUUGGAUGUAAUUAUCACUGAUUUUUAAAUGUCUUUGUCUUUCAAGUUUCACAUGUGCAGAAAUAUUAAAGGCUUCAUUAUUCCAACAAUGGGGUAACCGAUUGAACGAUUAUGUCCAUCUUACACAGAGAAAGUAACUUUUCCCAUCGGAAAUAGCCUAAAACAUCUCAAAGUUCACUAGCUGGACGGUCUAACUUUCUUUUUGCCCAUAACUGAUCCUCAGUUCUCAAAUAUUAAUAACAAGGAUUAGAUUCAACCUUAUGAUGUAAUUUUCUAACUGAUAUACUGUAUGGCUAAUUUGACUUUUUUUCUUGAAAGACAUUUUUUAGCAGCAGUAUCCCACCUCGUAUUUCCCUUUUCAUUCAAAUUAAGUUUUUUCCUUUAAAAGUUUUAUUAACACAAGAACUAAUUGUAAUUAAUUAGUCGUAGUCAAAUACAAUGAUCCCACUCAAAUAGCCCAUUGACCAACUCGUCGAGUUUGCUUGUGGGUCAAUUAUCACGCCGUUAUGAAGAUAGCCUGAUUCUUGGACCUGACUGAGGUCGUUCGCGGCAGCUUCGCUUCUCUCCGUGAAGAAGGUUCAGUGGCGAUGAAAAUUGUUUACUCAUAAUGAAUUCCAUCGCAGGUUUACUAAUCUUAUAUUUGAAAAUCCUUCUCAGUGCCGAAGCAGAAAAAGACACAAGAAUCGAAAAACGUUCCACUCUGGGCGCCAUUAUAACAAAGAAAGGUUUCUUUUUAAAGGGUUUUUCUUUUAAGCAGGCGAGAGUAUCGAGCUUUACCUCAUGUGGCCAGGUUUGUCUUAAAGAUCCGAGGUGUAUAUCCACAAACUUUAACCUUCUAAUUGAAGACAAAAGGUAUACUUGUGAGUUAAACAGCGCUGGUCUGCAAGAAGACGACACUUUGGUACCACAUAAAGGGGUGGUGUUUUCACAGUAUGCUUACAAAAAGGUAAGCUUACAUACAAUCCUUGAUAACGAGAAAAAAAUAAUAACAAAAAAGAACAUUUUGUCAGUUUAAAAAGCACGAGAUAUUUGAGCUAUGGACGCUGUUUUAUUAAUGUGGCUAUUGGUGUUCUCCAUAGUUCGCUAGGCUUUUUGUUCAGAUACUGACGAUUUAAUCAACUUGUUUGAAUAACGAAUACGAUAGAUUGACGCUUAAUAUAAUAGACCUCAGUUUUAACCCACUUACCAAUUCAUUAAGGCGGCUGCUAAGCAAAAUGGAACCACUAACAAGAUACGAUUACGCUUUUGAUUUUAUGAAGGACCACAGACUGAUACAAAGGUAAAGUAAAGAACUUAAAACGCUGUUUACUAUUUUUAAUAGCACAAGUUUCAUGACAUCAAUGAAGGGCACACGGAUGGUAUAGUAAAUUCUUCAUUCUUUCUUUAUUCUUGA